AUGUCAAUCCCCUCUCAACAACGAGCAGCAGUCCGUCAAGGACUUGGCCCAGAAGCAACAGCUCCCAUCCGCACAGUCGACGUUGAGAAGCCAGGCCCAGGCCAAAUCCUCGUCAAGAUCACAUGGACUGGUCUCUGCGGCUCCGACAAGUCUCUCCUGCACAAUGAAUGGAAAGACUUUGGCGUCAGCAUGAUGGACGCCUCCAAAGGCAUCGCUGGUCAUGAAGGAGCCGGUAAUGUCGUGGCUGUUGGUGAAGGUAUGGAGAAUAGGUGGAAGAUUGGUGAUCGGGCUGGUGUGAAGUGGAUUGCCAGUACUUGUGGCGAAUGCGACUUUUGCAGAGUUGGUUCGGAUGAGGUUCACUGCCCCAACCAGACAAACAGCGGAUUUUCUGUUGCGGGAACAUUCCAGGAAUAUGUUAUCGCGGACGGAAGAUAUACUUCGAGAAUUCCAGAUGGUGUUUCUGAUGAGGAGGCUGGACCCAUUAUGUGCGGAGGCGUGACAGCAUACACAGCCUGCAAACGAUCAGGCGUAACUCCCGGCCAGUGGCUAGUCAUCCCCGGCGCUGGAGGCGGUCUCGGCCAUUUCUGCAUCCAAUACGCCAAAGCCAUGGGCAUGCGAGUCAUCGCUAUCGACGGCGGUGACGAAAAGCGAAAUCUAUGCCUCAAGCUCGGUGCUGAAGUCUUCAUUGACUUCAAGACAACAAAGGAUAUCACCGCCGAGGUUAUGAAGAUCACUAAAUACGGCGCUCAUGGUGUGAUCAUCACAGCUGCAACGCGAGCGGCAUACGAGACUGCACCUAACUACCUCCGUCCCAAUGGCACUGCUGUUGCUGUUGGUCUUCCCCAAGACCCAACUGUCAUUGCUGGUGCACCUCCUAUGGCGGUUGCUCUGCGCCGCUUGAAGAUCGUGGGAAGUGUUACAGGUAGCAUGAAGGAUGUUGAGGAGGCUCUUGACUUCACUGCUAGAGGUCUCGUUCGACCAAUUCUUUCAAAGGGCAAGCUUGAAGAUCUUGAUCAAUGGAUCAAGAAGCUUGCUACUGGUCAAGUCGCUGGACGAUGCGUUCUCGAGGUUGCUGCUUAG